AACGUUCGAGAUGGCCCACACGGAGCGUCGGCAAGAGCGCUGUGAGCGCCAGUAUCAAGCCAACGCGGCCGUGUACCUCGAAGCCAUUCUGCGCAACCAAAACUGGGACGCGUACUUGACAGCGUGGGCCAGCAGUGGCCUCAAUUUCAAUGUCGCUAUUCAGCGUGGGCUGGAAGAAACAGUCGCAGGUCGCUCGUUUCUAUCGCAAAUGGCGACGACGGCCAACACAACGUCGGUGGCCGACGAACUAACCUACUGGCGGUCGUACAACUUGUCGAUCUUUGAGCUGCAGUGGCAGAGUCGGUGGCAACCCGGCGUCUCUGAGACCAUCGUCGUGUCGAACGCUCUUGGGAGACAAGAAAACUACACGUUGAAAGCACUCGACCAAGUCACGGGCCCGUGGUCGACCCAAAAUAUGUUCUGGAUUUCACUCAACGACUUCUUCAACUCGAUGCUCAUGAACCGGAGCUUUGUCCGGGGCACGAGUCGGUACUUUGGCGCCAACAUCAGUGCAUUACCGGCCAUCAACUUGGAGACGUAUCGAGGCAUGGCCGACAGCCGUGGCAACCUCGUCGGGAAAGCGUGGAUUUUUCAUACCUUUAUCGGGCCGUACCUCAGCAUUGACAUUCGCUACAAGCUGCGGCCAUCGCCACUUGUAGCUGCGUACAACCGGUUCCAAGACGUCGUCUUAGAGCAUCUCGCAACGUCGGCAGCAAGGUUUGCAUCGUUUGCCAGUCUUCCAUCUGUGGUUUUGACGCCGACGCCGCCUCGGUGGCGUAACCACACGUACUUCGGCGGCGAUCCGUCGUGUGUUGCUGGCCGCGCCGCGACGUACGUUCAAAAAUCGUUUGGCUUUUACGACGACUGCUCACAAAUGACACCGCUGACCGUGCAGCCAGCGCCUUUCGCUUUGCUUUUGGCGCUUCUGGCAAGCAAUGGAGCCGCUCUCUCUACCAUCUGCGGUCUCUCUUCGACGCCAGGCCCUUGUACAACAGCGCUCUCUGCAGCAUCCAACUGGUUGAAAGAGGUACCUAUUCCAGACGACCUCUUGUCCAUGCUCGAGUCGCUGCCACCGGUUCUUCAGGAUACGCAAGUUGGUUUUAUGCAGUUUGCAACCUCAGCAAAUGGCUCGUGGGUGCUCUUGCAGCAGCCGCUGCUCGGCUCUCUUGACGAUCCUUGGACGUUCUAUGGCUGGUGCUUUGCAGCCGACUGGGCCGCCGGACUCCGCCAAGCCGCUUCGUUUGAAGGCGAUGUCUCCUCGAUUGUCCUUCUUUCCAACGCGUAUACUAGUCAGCACUAUAUCACGAGCAACCAACCUCUCGAGACCGCCACCAAGAUGGUCUACUACGUCGUCAUGGUUACCUCAACGUACCUCGUCAGUGUCGGCGUCUUCGCUCUUCUCUACACCUUCUUCAGUCGCUUUCAGGUCGUCAGUAGCAACCUCCUUCGGUUCAACCGGCUCGUGGGGUCGGUCUGGGUCGGUCGCCAGCUCAUGUUUAUCCGCGGCAUGAGCGCAAUUCUGCUUUUGAGCGCGCCGCAACUUCAACUGACUUCGUCAUUUGGCUACACGCGCAUGGUGGCGCGUCCUCGGUCGUAUGUGGAAGCCGCCGUGAUUGCGGGCGAAGCUACGUGGUUCACCUACAGUCUCCACGACCUUUUGGUGCUCGUCUUGGCCGAUAUGACGCGCAUCUAUGCGCCGCUCAGCACCGCGUUCGUAUGGCUGUCGCAUCUCGCGCUCGACGUGACGGCCCCCGUUGGCAUCUCUAUCGAGAUCGAUCGGCGCUGCGUCGGACAGGAUAUGGACUUUGGACUUCUCUGCACCGCGGGACGCAUCUUUGUCGGCAGCAGCGACCGCGUGCUGCUCCUUCUGUGGCUGCAAGUCGCCUCGGUUUGUAUAUCGGUUAUCAUCACUCGCCUACUCCAGCGCGUCUUGCACGGCAACUGGCGCGUUCCCGAAACAGAGUCUCUCCUUACUGGCUCGGCCCACGCCUUUGCCGCGCCGAUAAAGUCGACGGCCGAGUGGACGCACGGAGGCGACACGUACGACCGCGUCACGUGCCUUCUCUGCGGUUUCCUGCCCAUCACGAUUGGUGGCAACCGCUACAUCUUGGACCUGCCGCUCUGGAUCUUAACUGCAGACUCGCUCUCGGUCUCCCGGGUCCGGUCCAUUCUUCCGAUAAGUCCGCAGCCCGAGCAUGUGUUUCAAGCAAAGCCACCGAGAGUGUUCGUGUCGUGGGGUCGGCGCUGGCGCAAGACCCUUGCCGUGCUUGGUCUGAGCUACGUUGUCGUUGCCAUUCUGGGCAGUGUCUCGUACUUUGAGAUUUCCAAAGUCAACUUGGCCAACGAUCUCUACUGGCCCAACUUUAACGUCACGGGCCACCACACGUUUUUUGCCAACUGGCUCAACGAACAGCUCGUGCUGGGUUUGGACAACCACAAUAUUGCGCUCGAUGAUCCAAGCAUCAACCUCCUCGGCUCCUAUGCAGCGCCGACAGCGUUCGUCUCGACCGUCAACAACUAUGGUGCCUGGCUCCAGCACAAUGAUCUCAGUGCGAUUGAAACCUCGAUUGCGGGUCUUCGCGUCUCGGAUGCGUGCAACGCGCCGUGGAUCUUUACGCCGUACUGCUACCUCGACUGGAAGAAGCGAUGGCAAAUCGCCUACUCCAGCCAGCGCCAACUGCGGUGUCAGAAGAUGGAGACGAACGCUGCCGUGUACCUCGAGUCGGUGCUGCGCAACAUUGACUACGCAACCUUUGCGUAUUGUUGGGGCAGUGCGUUUGAGACGGCGUUUGGUGCUGAGCUGCGACAGUCGUCCGACGGUCAAGACUGGCUGCAUUCCGUGUCGACAGAGCGACUGCCGCUGCAAGAUGAAAUCGCGCUGUGGCGCCAGCACAAUCUAUCAAUCUUUCAAGUGCAGUGGCAAAACUACAAGCGUAUCGGCGCCAUCAACAGUUAUACCAUAACCAACGCGUACGGUGUCGCCUACCCAAUGCCGUUGAUGGCCCUCAACGGCAGCUACCGCUGGAGCAGUCAGACAACGUACAAGAUGUACUGGUCGCUCGCCAACGAUCUCUCUGCGAUUGCAUCCAACACCAGUGGUAUCGGCGGUCUCAGUCUUUUGCGAACGAGUCCUCGGUUCGCCUUUGCCAACACGUCGCUGCAAGCCGUCCUCACAACAAACUUGACGUUGAUGUCGCCGCUUCCCAACGGACUCGCCCUUCAAGUACAGCCGUGGCUUCUCACCAAAGACAUUGCCACGUACUUUCAAGCUGUCGUCUCGUUCGUAACACUCAUGAUUCUUCUCGUGGCCGUGACGACAACAGUGUACAUGAUUUUGUGCCGUGGACACUUUGUCGGUACCAAUAUGCUCAAGCUCGACCGCGUCGGCGGCAUCGUCUGGGUCGGUCGGCCGCUGCUGUUUCUUCGGUCGCUCACGGCCCUCUGCGUCCUCUCGACGGCGCCCCUCGACCUUGCGAGCUCGGGGACCGUUGCGUACUUUACAGUCGUCCCCACGUCGACGACCAAGUUGCUUCUGGCGGCGUGGGAGGUCACGUGGCUUGCGACUGUCGUCGAAGACAUUGCGCUUGUCGCGACACGCGAGUACGCACGCUACUAUGUGCAGCUCAACUGCCUCGUGCUCUGGGUCGUCGCGUCGACCUUGUCCAUGAUGCAGCCCGUCGUUGUUGCCAGCGCCAUUGAGAAAGCCUGUCGCCUCGACCAAGUCGAUUUUCAAAUCGUGUGCAGCUCCGGGACGAUCACGAUUGGACAAGUGGACCGCCUCGUUCUACUGAGCGCCUUGGUGCUGAGCAGCAACUUCAUUUGCUACGUCGUGAGUCGGGUUGCCCUCGGGCCGCGCCCCCCGUGCCCCGCGUCGUCAGUGCACCUCGCGGCGAGCGCGAAAUAUUACUUUAGCCACGACGCCCGCAUCCGCGAUGGCGUCUACUACCUCGAUUGCGCGUCGGCCGUCCUGAACGGCUUGCUCACGCUGCGCUACAAGCAGACCAUGUACGCCCUCGAUGUCAAGCUCUGGCGCAUCUUUGUCGUUCCCAGUCGUCAAGGCGACGACGACGAGUGGCACCUAUGUUAUCCACUGCAAAAUGCACUGUAGUCCACCUCUUUUUGUCGCGACUUGGGCUGCCUGCUGUGACGGCGUGCUGUACUUGAAGACGAC